UCUCAACCGGAGUGGAACGGAGCUUUUUUCGCAGACGGGAUUUUUGCAAAGAAAUCGCAAAUUUUAUUAGACAAGCCAAGCUUAAUCGGUGGUAUUCCAGGUUUUUGCGAAGAAAAAACAAAGUUGUGCAUUUUUUUUUUCAUAAAAAAGUGCUCACAUUUUUUGUGCCAAAAAAGAGGUACAAACACAGUCGCCCUUUUUGUCAAAAUUGGUCCCAAGGCCACAUUACCGUUGUAUCCGAGUGAAUUUGACGGAUUUCUAUUUCUCGCAUCCCUUCCACUCUCGUUAGGUGAUCGGGUCACAGAGGAGAAAGUCUCUCACCACUGCAAACUUCCUCCGCAGUCCAGCCAUGGGAAAUUGCCUCAGUCCGAUACGGUCAGUCGAGAACGAGGUGACAGACAUCGUCGCAGCUUCCGGAACGGACAAUGGAUCUCUGAUUGACGGAGGAAAAUUGGAUCCUGGAAUUGCUGCGGAUUCCGACGUGACGAUUAUUGCUGCCACGACGUCCGCCACCACCACCGGUCAGGACGAAAUGGUGCGACGGAUCAAUGAGGAAUUAGCCGAAUUCCGCCAACAGCUGAAGAAGAGUCAAGAACUGUUCCACGCUAUGCAAAGCAACGGUUCCACAUCAGCCCUCAGCAUGGGCAACGUGACACAAUCAUGCCCAAUCCUGGCCGAAUCGGAAGCUAACCUCACACCUAAAAAACCAUCGCCAAAUUUGGUCACCUGCUCAACCCAGACUGAUCCAUCAAUGAGUGAAAGCGGACAAAGUUCUCGACGGAACUCAGCCCAACAGUCGGCACCUAAAAGUUUGCUGGACGCUAUUGACGAUGAUGGAGAUGGGGAUGGAAACUAUCUCGACAAAUUGAGCGAUGAUAUCAGUUACCGAUUGACAAUAAACCUCCCCACCGUGUUGGAAGAAUCUGACCAGGAAGUCGAGACAAGCCCGGGUGGGUCGGGUCAUCGCAGAAUGUCCAGCAUACUUGGGGAAAAUCGACGCAAGGCGAAAUUGGUCAGGUCACCGGUCGCUCAUGAGGAAGAUGUUCUCCUCCCGGACUCGAAUUCCAACUCAAACUCAAAUUCCAACCAUUCUCGGGAAAAGAUUGAUGACGCUGCCAGCACGGAGACGGACUUUAAAAGUGCGGUCAGCUCAUUACCGGGGAGUGUGAAUUCUAGCGUGUACAACAGUUUGGAGAGACCCUUGCAAAUUACGGGGAGUGGUGGACGGGGCAGAAAUGGGGAUUCGGAUUCCAUGUCGUUUGUGAGUGAUGGCACGUUUGGUUCCCCGUUGUCGUACCCGUCGUCUCCGACGUAUUGGACACCGUUGGAGGGGUCAAGUUCACAGGAGACAAUAACUAAUAUUGACGGAGGGGACAAAACUCCCGUAAAUGACGACAAUGGUCACGAUCACCUCGAAGUUCUCAGUUGCCCGGGUCGCUCUACUCGCAGGACAGAAAAUGAAAAUGGUUCCAAGAAAAAGCGUUCCAACGGUCGAAGUGCAAGUUCCUGUGGCCCAUCGCUACCCAGCUAUAAUCAGACUGAUGCUUGUGUCAUUCCCGACUCUCGGAGAGAGCAUAUGAUUAAAUACGCGUACGACCCUGUCCGAAGAAUAUCUGAGGCAGAAGCGGGACUAUUAUCGAGACAGGAGUGGAGGACGCUCAAGUUAGACUUGGAUAAAAAAGACAAAGAUGAUUACCGCAAGGGAAAUGAGGAAGACUCGAAUGACGUGGAAGGUGGACUCCCUGUCGAAUCGGGUUGUCUACGUGGACUGGCAUGCGGUCCAGAUCUGGAAGAGGAAGCGGAGGAAUGCUUAGAAAAAUUUCCAGGCCUAGUCGAAAAACUAUUUGAGGAUUUAGACGUUAUUAAGCGAACUCAGAAAAAUCCGGCCGAAUUCGACUUAGAAAUUAUUUCGACUCGAUUUAACCACUUAGCCCACACUUUCAAAGUGGAACACUCAAAUUUAACUCAAAGGAAGGAAAUUAAUCUAUCCAAUCAUGAUCACGCCACGACCAAAGUGGAAGACAUUAUUGAAUCCCUGUCUGAAAUUGUGCAGAAAUUUGACGAUAUAACGAGCAAGACAAAAGUGCCUGAGGAUCUGUCAAAACUGAUCCUAACCUUCAAACACAUUCCUGGAGACUUGGACAUUUAUACGCAUGAAUUAUCCAAAACUUCUCGGCGAGUUGGGAUGAUGGAUGUGCAAGUCCGCCUUUACAAAAUGAUUGAAGUCAUGGUUUUGUACGUGCACAUUUUGAGAAAUAUCUGUUCCGAAAAAGACAAGGAUAUUCAGUCUGCCAGGAAACUCCUUGAUAAGCAUAGUAUAACCUACUCGAUAUCAAACUCUGUCACGACGAGGAACAAUGGAAACGGAAACGGAAAUGGAAAUAAUAACAACGGAAAGAUCUGUAACGGAAACCACGAGGGCGAUUUCAACCCCGAUUUUCCUGACCGACCUACCCAAUUACUCCAACAUUUACUCGGACCAAUCAAACCAAAUCUCAACUUAGAUAAUAAACUGGUGCUCAAGGACGAUACCUCAAGUCCCAACCUACUCAUUAGAUUCUGGUCAGACGCUUACGAAACGAUACGUUGUGAAUUCUUCUGGCCGUGGAAUGGAGAAGAAACCUGGAAAGGAAUAAAAGAAGGAUUUUCCUUCAUUUUAAUGGUUUUCGGUCUCUUCAUCAUCUUCCGGAGCUUGUUUCCCACCGUUAAUGCGGACUGUUGUCCCGUCGCUGUUAGUGAUCUCGGCUCGAUGUUCUCAAAACAUGGGAAACUACAUCAUCCUGCCGUUCCGCCCAUUUGAUUCGGUCGCAAAAAAAUUCGUAAAUUUUGACAAACAAGUCAGUACUUAAACAAAAGAGAUUCAAUUUGUUCCUACAUAUUUAUAUUGCGUAUGUACGAGUUAAAAUUCCAGGUUUAUAGACUUAUUUAAACUUAAGGAGAUCAUUAAAUAUGAUAUAUCCGCAUCCGAUGUUAGCCAUAUUUAAAUAAGUAAAGUGAAUAUACUGUUUCGUGAGAGAAAAUGGGAAACGGUGUGGAAUACGUUUAAUUAAGUUUACUGUGAAAUACUUAAAACUACAGGUCGACAUCGUUGUCAAGUAAAUAAAGAAAGAAUGAUAAUUUGAUAA